CUUUCCCUCCUUCCCAAGAAAUUUUCAGAGACACAGAAAAUCAAAACCCGAAAAAACUUCCAGUGAAGACGAAUCAAUUGAGAAAUUCUUGAAGAAAAAACCCUAAUUUCGAGCCAGAAGAAGAAAAUGGCGACAGAAGAAUCUGUAAUGUUGGUGAUAAGAGCAUCUAGACCUAAUUUCCGAAAUGAUCACGACAAAUUAGCUUUUGCAGUUCACGCUUCGUUUCUCGCCGCUGGUUUUGUCCUCACUGCCACCGGACCCCCUGCUUUUGAAGCGAGCUCUCACUUGUCUUCCUCUUCAACCGAUGAGGUGGGGAUUGAUCGUUGGAAUGAACUGAAUGACGAAUAUGCAUUUGUGUACAUAAACCCGAAGCAGAGUAACAAGAAGGUGUUGGUAAAGUGCUUGGUAAUAGCUAAUAAGUUGAUGGUCGAUGCUUUGCUUGAUGGUGCCACUGAGCAAGUUCACCUUGAUAUUAAUGUUGAUGAUUAUGUUGCUGAGACAGCAACAAGUGAUUACAAUGCACAGUACAAGAAUUUGGGGAAGCUUGUUAGCAGUUUGAAGUCAGAUGUACUUUCCAAAUUGGAUGGAUCUUCAGCAGGAGGUUCUGUGACUGCUCCUUCAAGGUUACCUGAUGUUGAGGAGCCAAACAGGUAUUCAGAUGGAUCAAUUACCUCCCAAGAUCCAUUUACAGGGUUUGUGGUUCCUCCAAUCAGUCCAGCUGGUGGUAGUGAUCUGUACCCUGGUCCUGGUGCUGGAAUGUAUCCUUCUAGAGGUGAUUUUGGUGGUGGGUCCAUGCUCAUAGGUCCGGAAGAUCCUAGAUGGCUUGGCGACAGAAGUGGUUUCCCUGGCAUUGCGGGAGGACCAGGAGGACUUGGUGUACCACCUGGUGCUCGAUUCGAUCCUUAUGGUCCACCAGGAGUCCCUGGUUUUGAGCCUGAUCGUUUUGGAAGGUUCCCACGAGGACCUAACCCAGGACGUGGUCCUCGACGAGGAGGGAUUCACCCAGAUAUAGAGCAACCUGGAAGUGGUGGUUUUGAUUACAUAUGAAGUUCUAUAUCUGAGUAUUUGCAAUAAUCCUCGGGUUUUUUUUCCCGGGGUGAGCAUAGAUCAUGUGGGUAUGUAACCUAUCGACGAUGUAAAUACUUCAACCUUUUCACUUGUAUAAACUUUCAGAUCCUUUAUGCUUGUAGUAUUACAGUUUCCUUUGUUCUGGGUUUCUGUUAAGGCGUUUAAGGUA